AUGAUGAGCCACGUUACCUCCGAGUUGAACAGGAGGAAACGAGCGGCUUGUGGAGCAUGUAAGAGCAUCGAAGCUGUAGUGAAAAAUACUAGGAACAUUCGGCUCGGUGCUAGUCCAUUUAACACCACUGUUUUUCCUCAUUUGACUUACGCCUCGGAAAUCUGGGCGUUUCGCAGACAGGAGAAUAAUGCUAUCAGCGUCACAGAACGCCAAAUUGAAAGAGUGGGACUAGGAGUAUCUGAUUUCACACUGUUAAAAGGAGGAGAAGGAACGAGAAGUUCACGAAUCGAAGAAUCGUCGAUUUGUGAACUUCUCGUUCCUUACAUCACAAUUCGAAGAUCAUAG